GACAGUGAUAUAAUUGUUGCCAGAUUGUAAUAUUGAAUCAUAAACUAGAGCAAUUACAUUAAGAUAAUAGAAAUGCCCCUGGUAUGCCAUAACAGGACAAUUGAGAGCAUUAUAAAAAAUAGUCUCCAAAUAUCCAUUGCCACUUCAGUUUCUUAAGUUUACAGCCUCCAGUGGUGAAAAUGCUCCUGCAAAGUUCUCUCAUCAACAAGAACAAGAAAAUAUUUGGAGAUACCUACUUUGGUGGUACUGGAGAAGGCAAUUCAAAUGAAUGGUUGGACUUGAGCACAGGCCCGAUGGAUAUAGAACAGGCUUCUUUAUCCAAAACUACUUCCAAUAAGGUUUUUCCUUGCAACUUCUGCAAGAGAAAGUUCCAGAGUUCACAAGCACUCGGUGGCCAUCAGAAUGCACACAAGAAGGAGAGAGGAGCAAUGAAGAGAUAUCAGUACGAGAGGCAUAUGGCAAUAAAUGAAUUUUUUGCCAGUAAAAGAAUGACUAUGUCGCUUAAUGUUCAUGCUCAUUCACUCAUCGAUAAAAAAUUUAGGGAAGAGGAUGGAAUGAUUGGAAAAUUCAAGAAUGUUAACCAAAGAUUUGGAGCCGAUUGGACAACUGUUAGAUCUGAAGAGUCAAUAAUUGCGAAGUGGCCUGGAAGCUUUCGCUUGCCCUCAGAGGAGCACAAACAGCCACUUGACUCGCUUAAAGUAGACUUGACUCUGCGGCUUUAACACUUCUCUCUGUUCUGACUACUGUUUAUUCAUGCGAAACGUUCCGUUUCACUAGUUUUUAUUAGAUCAGCAGCAAUCAGGAGUAACUAAAAUGUUUGGAACAAGAUGAAAACUGAAGAGGCAGGCCUCUCAGAACAGAGAAAUUGAAUGCUGAAAAUGUUAGUUGCACUUGUUCUCCCACUAGGAAAUAACAAAUCAAAAGGUCUACUUGUCAGAAUGUAAUUAUCUAGUUAAAAACUUAUCAGACGUAAAGCAAUCAAAUAACACCUGUGGUUUUCAACUC